ACAAAACAAAACAUAGAAAAAGAAAAAUCCCAAAGUGAGAAAAGAGACAAAGAAAACUGCACAGGUAAAAAGAAGUGGGAAAAACUACCAAACCGUACAUCAUUAUUGAUUCUUCUGCUGCGGAAAUUAGGGUUUUUAAUUUUCUACUCACUCUUCUUCAUCAUCUUCACUUCACUCUAUCUUCCUUAUUCUUCUCGGAUAAUUUUAUUCAAGAGUUGAUUAUGAUUCAGUCACCGGGUGCAUAGUCUCUAUGUUUAAGCAUCGUAUGCAUUAUAACCUUUUCCACCUCUAUUCUUUGUUAGAGUUGUUGGUAGAAGAGUUUCCUUAUCCCUCCAGGCCUCAAGAAACACAGAGGAGGAAAUUGAUUCUCUAAUUAAGUCAAUAUAAAAUAUGAUUAGUUCCUUAAUUGAUAUUCAGGACUUCUAGCAAAUUAUUGCUUGAUUAACCAAGCUGGAUGCGGGCUUAGGAGGCUUACAGUCAAUCUUUAGCUUUACUAUUAUUUGUUAAUUCUGAUGGACGAUCGUGAAAAUGGAAGGCACAAAGCAGAUCAAUAUAAAUCUGCUCAGGGACAGUGGUUGAUGCAACAACAUCAGCAUCAGCAUCCUUCCAUGAAACAGAUUAUGGCAAUCAUGGCUGAACGAGAUGCAGCCAUUCAAGAAAGAAAUCUGGCCAUUUCUGAGAAAAAGGCAGCACUUGCAGAACGUGACAUGGCAUUCCUGCAGCGAGAUACUGCAAUUGCAGAACGAAAUAAUGCACUUAUGGAAAGAGAUAAUGCAAUCGCAACCCUUCAGUUUCGAGAAAAUGCUUUGGCCAACGGCGGUAUGUCAUCAUGCCCUCCAGGAUGUCAAAUCUCACGGGGAGUUAAGCAUAUACAUCAUCUGCCGCAACAGCAACAGGUAAACCAUUUGCCUACUAUGGGUGAUCCUUCUUACGGAACACGCGAAUUGCACACAACCAAUGCCCUCCCAGAAGCACCCAUUCCUUCAGAGGUUGGGAAGCCACCUAGGCGGGCCAAACGACCGAAGGAAAAUAAGUCUGUUUCACCCAACAAGAAGACUCCAAAAACUACUAGAAAGGUCAAGAAAGAGGGUGAGGAUUUAAACAAGACAAUGUUUGCCAACGACGAAGCACUUGAAUGGAAGAGUAGUCAAGAAAUUAUAAACGGAGGUGAUGAUCUUAACAAGCAGUUACCGGUCUCAAAGGCUGAUUGGAAACCUCAGGACUUUGCAUUGAACCAAGUUGCAUACGAUGAUUCAACCAUGCCAGCACCAGUGUGCUCUUGUACUGGUGUUCUGAGACAGUGCUACAAAUGGGGCAAUGGAGGUUGGCAAUCUGCUUGUUGUACAACCAAUUUAUCGGUGUAUCCGCUUCCAGCAGUGCCCAACAAAAGACAUGCUCGAGUAGGUGGUAGAAAAAUGAGUGGAAGUGCUUUCAAUAAACUGCUUAGCCGGCUAGCAGCUGAAGGGCAUGAUCUCUCACACCCGGUUGACCUUAAAGACCAUUGGGCCAAACAUGGUACAAAUCGAUAUAUCACAAUAAAGUAGAUCCCAGAAAUUUUUCUCUCGACGGGCAAUACAUAAUUCAGGGUCAAUUAUGAAUUCUAAAGUCGAACAAGGAGGAAAAUAAGGUAAUGUAAAUUUCAUUUGUGAAAGCUUAUUGUUGUAGUGUGUCAUUCCUAUAAUUAGGAUUAGAGGAAAUGGCAAUUUAAACCAUAUUUCUGUCACUUGUAACCCGUUCGACCUGCAAAAAUGGUCUGUGGUGGUGGCGGCGGCGCAUGCAUGGCAUUUAAUAGGCUUGGUUAAUGCAUCUUGUGGUUAAGACGGAAUAAUUGUAGAGCCUUGUAUCUUCAGUUGAACCCUGCUAUGAAAUGAACUAUCUAAUUCACAUGUAGAAUUGAUAUAUCUAUGUACAUUUUCUUCUCUCGUA